GAGGCCAGGUCCUUAAAACAGGGUGGAAAUCAAGGCUCAGGAAGUUAAGCCCCAGAGGUGCGUGAAGACACUCACGUUACAUGUUCCAGCUCUUUCUUCCUCGUGACUCACACGCCCCAAAAACUGAGGCCCGCUUGCAGCCCGCGCUGGCUGCCUCCUUACGCACCCCGCCGCCCGCCCAGUUUCUCCAUUUCUGCGCCGCCCGCACGCAGUCAAACUGCUGUUGUUCCAACUCUGUUUUCUGGAGAGGGGCUGGCAGGGACUCGGCGGAGCAGCCUCUCCUUCUCCCCCGCCCUUCCCUCCAGUGCUUGGAGGAUUAUUGCUCAAAGCCGGCUGCUCCAGCGCAAGGGAGGGAUUUACCUGCUGCUGCUGCUGGAGCUGUUGUUGUUGUUAGCAGCGCCUCCCCGCCUCUCUCCCCAGAGGCAGCAGCGCAGCGGCGCCCAGAGGAUUGCGCGCGGCUGAGCCAACUCCCAGGGAACCCGCUCGGGGGAGCGUGUGCGCGUCGGGGGGAAGCGGGCGGUUCGCGCCUCGCCGAGGAGAAAACUUUCUGCUUUCCGGACAUGGGGGAGGCUCACUACUCUAGAUAAAGCACCACCGCAGCGCAAAACAACCGCCGAGGAGGCGCUCGAGGCCGCCCAGAUCAAAGAUGCUCUCCAGACUUGACACUUGUGAUGCAGUGAUCAGCAGCAGAAGAGAGCAAAGGAAAUUGAAUAUGGCCUCAUAGAAUUGAACUUUGGAGAGUUUAUGAUGUCCACAGGUGCGAGUGGCAGGAAAAAGCAUCAGGCUGUGAGCCUCGAAGGAGUUGACCCAGAAACCUGCAUGAUAGUGUUUAAAACUCACUGGGCACAGGUGGUGAAAAUAUUAGAGAAGCAUGAUCCUUUGAAAAAUAUUCAGGCAAAAUAUGGGGCAAUUCCUCCUGAUGAGGCCAGCACUGUGCAGAAUUAUGUAGAACACAUGCUCUUCCUGUUAAUUGAAGAGCAAGCAAAAGAUGCUGCCAUGGGACCUAUCCUGGAGUUUGUUGUUACCGAGAAUAUCAUGGAGAAACUCUUCCUUUGGAGUCUCAGACGGGAGUUCACUGAUGAGAUGAAAAUCGAACAGUUGAAGAUGUAUGAAAUGCUUGUCACUCAGUCCCACCAGCCCUUGCUUCAUCACAAGCCCAUCUUGAAACCUUUGAUGAUGUUGCUGAGCUCUUGCUCAGGAACUACUACACCAGCUGUGGAAGCUGAGCUGGUGGUUCUUCUUAACCAGCUGUGCUCAAUCCUAGCCAAAGAUCCAUCUAUUUUAGAACUCUUUUUCCAUACCAGUGAGGACCAAGGAGCUGCAAACUUCCUAAUUUUCUCUCUCUUGAUUCCUUUCAUUCAUCGAGAAGGGACUGUGGGCCAACAGGCUCGAGAUGCACUGCUUUUUAUAAUGUCACUUUCUGCAGAAAACAAUGUUGUUGCUAACCAUAUAGUAGAAAACACUUACUUCUGUCCGGUGCUAGCCACAGGCUUAAGUGGCCUAUACUCAUCUUUGCCUACAAAGUUGGAAGACAAAGGAGAAGAAUGGCACUGUCUGCUGAAAGACGACUGGCUUCUUUCUCCAGCUCUUGUCCAAUUCAUGAACUCCCUUGAGUUCUGCAAUGCUGUAAUACAGGUGGCACAUCCUUUGAUUCGGAUGCAGCUUGUGAAUUACAUUUAUAAUGGGUUUCUGGUACCAGUUAUGGCCCCAGCAUUGCAUAAGGUGACUGUGGAGGAAGUAAUGACUACAACUGCCUAUUUGGAUCUCUUCUUGCGGAGUGUUUCAGAACCAGCUUUACUACAGAUCUUCCUCCGAUUCAUCUUGCUGCACCGCCAUGAGAAUGUGCACAUCCUGGACACCCUCACAAGCCGCAUAAACACUCCAUUUCGGCUCUGUGUGGUGUCCCUGGCAUUGUUCAGAACACUUAUCAGCUUGCAUUGUGAAGAUGUGAUGUUACAGCUAGUUUUAAGGUACUUGAUACCCUGUAAUCACAUCAUGUUCAGCCAAAGAUGGGCUGUGAGGGAACGAGAUUGGUAUUCUGUAUCUGCUGCUAGAUUGCUUGCCUUGACUCCAGUCUGCUGCUCUAGUGGGAUUACUCUGACUUUUGAAAAACAAGAAAAAGAUUAUAUCCUGUGGAGGAAAAACAUACACAGGGCAGGUACAACUGAAGAGUCCAGCAGCAGAGGUACUGCAGACUCCACAUGUAUUGUGGAAUAUGGGAAGACUGUUGAUAUCAGUUACCUGCAGUACCUUUGGGAUGCUCAAUCCCUCAUACUCCACUGUAUGAAAGACUGCCAGGUUUGGUCUGCUCCAUAUGAUGGUGAAAGCCCUGAUCCACGUACCUUUAUCCAAACCCUAGCUGACGAGGAUGGUAAAAACCUAGACCAGCCCAUUUUCCGAUUUCAGCACAGAACACCUAGUAAUACAAGUUCCUCUCAGAUAACUCCUUUGGGAGAAAAGUUGCAGCUGGAGCUGGAAUGGGAUGAUAGCUAUGAUACGGGGAUCUCUCCUGGAUCUGAUUUGGGCUCUCCACAGCAUGAUAAUGCUUUAGGAAAUGUAGACCCACAACCACCUGCAGCGCCACCAAAGCAUAUUCAAGAAAUGAAGAAAAAUGCAAUCAUGCUGAUCAAAGGGUCAUAUAUAGAAGAAUCAGACUUUCAGGAUGAUGUCAUGGUUUAUAGGUUAUGUGCUGAAAAGGAUGCUCAGGAAGCAGACAGCGUAAAGGAGGAAGCUUCAAUGUCAGAAUCUCGAAGCACAGAUGAUCAGCAGUCGCUCCCUGCCAAUGGUCCCCUUAAAAGUCCCCAGACAGACUCCAGUUUGGAGGAACACAAUAUGAAAAAUUCAAACUUGACCCAGCACGCAACAGUCAAACAAAUCCAUGACAGCGUUGCUGAAACCCCGCAGCCAGACUUGGAACUAAAGCUGUCUUGCCUAGAAGAAGACCACAAUGCUAACACGAGCUUGCUGAGCCCCGAAAGUGAGGAUUUUAUUUCCCAGUGUGAUAACAUCAUUAAAGAGUUGGAUUCUACCCCUACAGAGUUGGUAGAACUUAAAUUGCUUAUUCCUGAACCAAUCUCUCCUGUGGAAGAGGAAGAAGACUUUGAAAAUUUUUCAGCCGACACACCAUCAGCAGAAAGUAUGCCUUCACCUUUUGGACCAAAAGAUGUAUGGUCUGGCAAUCCAGCAAGGACCCAGAGCAUCCCAUUUACAGGUCCAUUUAUCAGUGUGGUGCUCUCAAAGCUGGAAAACAUGUUGGAGAACUCCUUGCAUGUCAACUUGCUGCUCAUUGGUAUUGUCACUCAUCUGGCCAGUUACCCACAGCCCCUCCUUCGUUCCUUUCUGCUCAACACCAACAUGGUGUUCCAGCCUAGUGUGCGGUCAUUGUACCAGGUGCUGGCAUCUGUGAAAAACAAAAUUGAGCAGUUUGCUUCCAUUGAAAAGGACUUCCCUGGACUACUCAUAGAAGCCCAGCAAUACCUGCUUUUACGGGUGGACAUGUCAGAUAUUCCUCUGGAGUCAUUGACUAAAGACAAUGCACAGCACAACCAUGCUUUGGGGAAAGGCAGAAACGUUUCUGAGGCUUCCCAGGUCAUCCUGCAACCUUUCUUUGGAAGCAAGGCAAAGAAAGGAACGGCUCUUCCCAGCGCCCCCCUGCACAUCCGGAAUGCCAUCCUGGCAGCUGCCCUCUUCCCAGAGUUUCUCAAGGAGUUGGCUGCUCUUGCACAGGAACACUCCAUACUCUGUUACAAAGUAUUUGGUGACUUUGAGAAUUUUUAUUAGUUUUAAGACUUUUUUUUUUAAAAAAGGAUGUUUUAAUUUAAAAAAACCACAGAGAGCUACUUAUAAAGGAAAAUUCUACUUUAUGUUCCUGGUAAUACUUGAUUGGGAGAAACUGUUACACCUUUAUGUUGGGCCUUAUUUCCUACUGUGCAGCAUAGACACUUGAUGUAUUAAUGGAAUGAUUUCUUAUUUUACCAUAUUCCCACCCUUGAACUUCCUUACCUCAAGAUCCCUUCUUUUAAACUCUGCUAUAGACACUUUUGGUUAAAAAGGCACAAUUGUGUAACCAGCUGAAAGGUGAUUUGCUUUUGUGGGGUUUUCCCCCCCCUAUCUAGGAAAGUUGGUUGCUUCGUAAGCGUGCGCUUACCAGGAUGAGCAUGUCAAAUCUGAUAAGCCUUUUAUGCAAAUAACAUUUUAGGUAUCUAUUUGCCGGGGGAGGUUCACAAUUCCUUCCCUACUCUCUGCAUUGUGAGUGGCUGGAGUUGUGAAUCCAAAUGGAUUCAACAAAUAUAAGCCUGCGACUUGCUAGAAGCAGGUGCUGUGCUGAAUACAUACCAUAUUGCCUUACACUGUGGACAAGUCUGACGCUCUCAGCUGUUGAUUCCUUUGAAGUUUAAAUGAAAUGAGUAAAUGGAUGUUGAGUGCAGACUGUAUGGAAUUCCCUCCACCCCCCCUGGCCAUUUCUCAGCAUUCUUUGAAAAUGCUAGAUCUCUACCUAAACUAAACACUCAAGCCUUAAAUUUUAGUAAUAUUUGCACACAAUGAAAUGUUUCUAUGCAAACCGUAGCCUUUUUUGGUAGACCAUAUUUGUACACUUUUAUUGAUAAGCUGAACACAAAUACUCCAGUUAUUGUUUGAGUAGUGUUAUAAGGUUACCUUCAUCUGGGAGUUGUUACUAUCUAUUUUUUAAGUACUAUUUUUUUUAAACAAAAUUGAAAAAAAUAGCCUGCCUUUAUAAGCUGUGUUUUUCUCUUUUUAGCUUAAAAUGUUAUUUUGGUUCAAGGAAAGCUUUGUGGUAUUGUAAAACACUAGCUGUUUAUUUAUGAUGUAUGUUGACUUGUCCUAACAUUGCACUUUUGAAGGAUGGCAGAAAUGUUUUGCUCCCUGGUAGUAGCGUAGAGGAUGUUACUUGGGACAGAUACACUAGAACCUGUUGCAGCUGCUGUCCAAUAGCUUAAGAACAUUUUCUUUUGUGAGUAAUGAGACUCAUUAGAACGGGUCCAAACAUGAUGAAUUGCUGCAUUACAGCUGCAUUUCAGUUUGUGCUAGUAAGAGUAAUUGUUCCUCCAGUGCUGAAGUUGGCUUUGUGUUAAUAGUGGCUCUGUGCUUGAAAGCCUUCAUUUUCUUUUACAGUAGGUGAAUAUGACAAACUGCUCCAAAACCAAUGAAAACAGUAUCUGAAGACAAGACUUUGCUCCUCUUUGUAAAUUCCAUAUUGAGGUACUAACAGUAGCAGUUGGGGGUUUGCAUGUUCUAUGCUAGAACAUGGCACCUGAGCAAAUGGGAAUUUCACAGACAUCUUUCGGGAGGGUUGCCUAAAAUGGUGUGUAUAUUUGUUUAGAAGUGCAAUAAUGGCAAGAGAGGGAUUUCAGUGUCCCCAUUUCUUGCUCCACUGGUCUUCUGUGACUGAGUCCAUUUGCUUAGUCUCCUCCCCCACUAUUAUCCAUGGGCAGAAUUAGAAUCCUACAGGCCAUAGAAAUCAAAGAGGAGAGUGCUUCUUCCUUUAGCUUCUCAAAGCAUUGCAAGUUGUAAAAAUCUUACGCAGGGAAGGAUCUGCCAGUCCUGUUACUUGGCCCGUUCCCCAUGUCUGGUGACUUAUCUUCAUAAAAAAUAAAAUGAUCUCAUAAUUCUA